CCAAGCUUUUGAGCAUUUUCUACUCAAUGUUGUUAUGCGCAGCAGGAAAGCCGGAUUUUUCGGAAGUUCUAAAAACGUUUUCUGCGCAGAUUUCACGUUUUGCGAAAGAGAAAAGAUGGAUAAAGAAGAUGAGGAUGUUUUCACCAAAAAUGACGCAAAGAUUGAGCCAGCCAAGGAUAAUAUAGCUGCUCCCACUGAAAAGAAAAAGCGCAAAAGGAUGAAGGAAUUAUACAAACAAAUCUUAAAACAGAUGGAAUUUUACUUCGGAGACGCCAAUCUGAGACGUGAUAGAUUCAUCAAAAAAGAGAUUGACAAAUCAGUGGAUGGAUAUGUUCCUCUGGAGAUGUUCCUCACAUUUAACAAGAUCAAGGCCCUCACUGAUAGCUCUAAGGUUCUGGCAAAGGCCUUAGCACCAUCAACUCUUAUUCAGUUGAGCGAAGAUGGUACCAGGAUCAAGAGAACCAAGGAGUUGGCGUCAGAGUCUGACUGUGAUGCAAGAACAGUAUAUGUUGAGUGUUUACCUAUCAAAGUUGAUCAUGAAUGGGUCAAGUCCACCUUUAAUGUUUGCGGGGAGAUCGCUUAUGUGAGUCUUCCACGUUUUAAAAGCACUGGAGAUAUCAAAGGGUUUGCAUUCAUAGAGUUUACCACAAAAGAAGGAGCUGAAAAAGCUGUACAGCAACUAAAUAACCCUCCUGUGAGUGCUGGGGAAAAGCUUGGACAUUUCCCAAAGUACAACAAACAGCUAAUCAGUCUGCAGAAAUCUCUUUCUACAAAUGACGGUACAGUUCCUGAGAAUACCCAAUCAGAGAAAUGCACAACUGAUAAAGUCACAUGUAAGAAACGCAGAAGACGCAGACAAACCAGUGAAUGUAGCGUUGAUGACCAAGAGGCUACUCCUGAGAAGAAAACCUGCACAAAAUCUAAUGAUAUCACAACAGAAACUGAUGAGAUCACUACAAAAAAUGAUGAUGUCACACAAACACAGAAAAUUGCCAAAAUUGAAGAAACUGAACAAUUAAAAGACAAUGAACCUCCUAGGAAAAGGAAACGUAAAAGGACAAGGAGUGUCAACAUUCCUGUUUGCCCCGAGCCUAUACAAACUGACUCCUCAGAACCCACAACACCUAAACGUAAAUCCUCAAAGGAAGAUGAAGAACGACUUACUCCAAUAAUAUCAACCUCCACAAGUGCAACACCAAAACGGAAAAGAAAACCAGAAAACACUGAACUAACUAGUGCUACUCCAAGUGACUCUAAAAAGGUGAGGAUAGUAGAACCUCACGAAACUGAGCCAGCUUCUAAAUCUGAGAAGGAGAACAUGGAAGGAGUCACCUCUGAAAAGACAAACACUGAAGUUGUUAAAUCUAAAAGAAAGCGAAAGAAGAAAAAGCAGAAUAAACAGCAAAAACACAAGAAAUCUUUGAAGGAAGUACCUGAACUCAGAGUCAUACCAAAACAGAAAUGGUUAAACUUGAAACAAGAGUACUUAGACCAGCAGAAACUGAGCAUGUCCAAGCUAAAGCGAACUCUCAAUGAAUUCAAGGCGAAAACAUCACCAGGUGCUAAUGAGAACAAUGAGAAGGCCAAGGACAAGAAGAUGGAGUUCAUACCUGAUGUAUGCAAUAGUCAAAGUGCUAAUGAGAACAAUGAGAAGGCCAAGGACAAGAAAAUGGGAGUUCAACCUGAUGUUUGCAAUAGUCAAAGUGCUAAUGAGAACAAUGAGAAGGCCAAGGACAAGAAGAUGGAGUUCAUAGCUGAUGUAGUAGUCAGAGUGAAGAGUGAACAGCCACUGGACAAGAAGAAACUUAAGAGUGUAUUGUGUAAUGCAGGGGAUGUGGCAUAUAUAGACCUUCUGGAUGGAAACAAAGAGGGACAUAUUCGCUAUAAGGAGGCAUCAGGUGUAGAAACAUUAGUAGCUACACCACCCCUAGACUGCACAAUUAGUCGAAUAUCAGGUGAAGAGGAGAAAAAUUACUGGGACAAAUUGAUUGCACAGAGAGAUGCUAAACUGAACUCUAAAACCAGGGACAAGAAACGUGGAAAACAUAAGGUGAUCAGACAGGCAGAGAGAUUGAUACAAGAAGUCAGCAAGAGAGAACACAUCAUAUUCACAUAGGCUAGCAAGUUUCCCUUAUAAAUAAUCCUGAGAGGAAUUGAUACUGGAAGAGAACACAUCAUAUUCAC